AUGAGCGUUCGCGCCCUCUCUUCGAGCGCCGUGGAGGCCCUCCUUCAGGAUCCGAGCGCGAAGGUCCUCGGAGAAGGCGCCUUCGGCCGAGCGUAUUCCGUUGUCUACGAAGGGCGGAAGUGCGUCGUGAAACUCGGAUUGUUCGGCAGCAGUGGCCCCAACUUCCGUCAAGAAUGCGACCUUCUGGAGGAGCUCGGGGGCGCUGGGGGCGCGCCUAUUCCGCUUGGAUUCUGCCCCGACCUCCCCGCCCUGAUCAUGACGCUCUGUGGGUCGGAGAACAUGUUUCGCUUCAUUCGCAGGUCUUUGGCUAAGCCGUCCCUGCUUGUCGCCAUGACCUUGGGUCUGCGCGUGACAGAGCGCCUGCAGGAGAUCCACAGCAAGAGAAUUGCGCAUUGCGAUCUAAAGACGGAUAACGUCACGCUCCAGUUCGACUCCGAAGGGGAAAUAGCCUCCGUUCACCUCGUAGAUUUCGGACAGACGUCGGGUGCUUGUGCGUAUUCUCGGACGAGCCCCUGCGACUGGAGUGCGACCUGCUGGGGCUGGGGACCAUCUUUGACGAGCUAUUCCGAGGCAGGAGUGACGUCCCCUACCACAUGUUAA